AUGGAUGAACCCAGUUACCCGCCCGACGAGGACCCGGGUUUCCUUGACUUGAUGCAGCGGCUCCUGCAAAAGGAUGCAGAGAAGAGGAUCCGAAUGCACGAGCUCAGAGUGCAUCCUUGGGUCACGAACUAUGGGAGCGCUAUGCUGCUCUCUGUGGAGGAGAAUUGCGCCGACCCGAUUGAGCCGCCCAACGACCUCGAACUCAACCGCGCCUUGACUAGGAAAAUGAACCACUUGCUCUGUGUCAUGAAAGUCAGAUACAAGCUCAAGCUAUUGGUGGCGAGGAGGAGAGCCGAGAAGACCAUUCCCGUCCAAGCCACGGUGAUACCUUUGACGACAGGUGACGUUGAUAGCGCGGACAUCCCUCACGCGCGAGAGAUACAAGACCUCAUCGCUCAACGCAACUCGUUCCGCAAGGAAAAGACACUACCGAUAUCAAUCGACACUUCGUCUGGCGCCGAGCCCCUCUACUUAGGUGUCGGCCUAGGCGUUGAUAUCGAUGGGCCUUCAUCGGCUCUUUCCUCGCUGGGCAUCUCGGAUCCUACAUCGUCCUCGUCCGCAACAGACCAGGGCGACGAUGGGUUCUCGGCGGAUGCGGGGUACGCCUUCGUUUCGGACUCACCCGUCAACGCAGACUUUAACAUUUACGACCGCGCUUACGAAGAAGAGCUCCAGCGCAUCCUCUCUAGCCCGCUCCGGAGGUCAAGCUCGGUGUAUAUGAACAACCACGUCAAAGAAAAGGAGCAAAUCAAAGGCGCGGACCAGGUCUUGGAAGGGGAGAUGACGCCGCCUGCACUGGGGCCGCGGGCGAGAUAUCCGAGACGGGGCAGACGAGAUGAGCAGGCGGGGCGGGAACGUCCCGGGAAAUAG